AUGAAGGCCAAGGCUCUGUCAGUGAGGGAGUGCACAUGGAUGUCAGAGGAGUGCCACCUAGUGGAGGAACUGCAUGGAGUCACCCAAAGGGACGGCCUGUGUUUACCAAACAUCUUCAGGUCCAGGAAGGUGAAGCCGCUUACUAAGAUUCAGGCAGGACCCACAUACCAGGUCUACCACACGGCCAGAGAGCUCCUGCUGGAGGUGCUGGACAAGGGAGCCGUCCGGGAGCUGAUCCGGAGAGCUGCUGGUGUGAAGGCCGGAGCUCACCGGCCGCCAUACAGCCAGAGCAGAGAGCAGAGUGCAGACCUCACUGAUGAGGAGUACACCGAAGCGUUAACCUGGUUCUCUAUAGUCCUGCAGGGUGGUCUGUCUGUGGGUGAGAACUGCAGCUUUGACUCUGAGCUGAUGUUGAAACUGGAUGGAUGGCAGGGUGUCCUGAAGAGGAACAGCUUUCAGACCAACCUCUUGUCCCUGACCAGACUGGAAGAUAGAGACAAGCUUGAAGCCCUCUCUGCCUUCUGCAGCCACCUGACCAGGCGCUACCAGGCCCUAUACACACCUGGUCACAACCUGGCUGUGAAGAAAUACACAGUUUCCUACGAUCAGGGGCCUUGCUCUCUCCAUCUCGCCCUCCUAUGUGACAUGACUUCUGGAUUCAUCUGUAACAUGUAUCUGUACAGUGCAGAGCAGCUCCAGAGGCAGAGUAGGAAGCCUGUGGUUGAGCAGGUGGUGGGACACCUGCUGAGACCUUUCUGCGGCCACAGACACCUGGUUCAGAUGGACAGCUCUGCUUGGAUGGAGGGAAGACUCACCGACAUCUUCUCUAGCUUAGGGGUGGAUAUUCAAUUGGUUUCAGCUGUUAACACGUCUUCUCCACCCGUCAUGCUCAAACAAUCAUCUGAGGACUCAAUGUCUCCCCUCGUAGCCCACCUACAGGGAUGGACCGGACCUGCUCUGUUUCCUCAUUCUGAUCAGAAGGGGUCAGUGGAGGAGGUGUUUCUCCCCGGUCUCUGGGUGACGCUGCACAUCCUUUGCAUCAACACCUUUGUGCUCCACACCCUGCAAUGCGAGGGUUCCAGCAGGCAGGUGGCCCUAACAGAGUUCAGCAGGACUCUGGCCUCUAAGCUGGCCGCUGACAGCAGCGUCACUGUGCCCGUCCUGCCUCGACUUAACAGCAGUUUUUACCUGGAAACAGGUCUGACAAAUCUUUCUAAGCAAAGCUGUGGUCAUGAGAUGGAAGAUGAGAGAGAAGGCUGCAGCUCCGCAGAGAGGCUGCAGGGCAGGAACAGACCAGGAGUGUGCGGCUUGGACAACGCAGGCAACUCCUGCUACUUGAAUGCUGUGUUACAGUGUCUGUGUUCCACCGUGCCUCUCGUGGAGCAUCUGCUUGAUCUGGACACUCGCAAAGAGCUGGGGAGGUUGAAGUGUCGGGUUGUCGUAGCGUUUGUCCGCCUGCUGGAAGAGAUGUGGCUGGGAAUGAGCUCCAGAUGUGCGCCUGUGGAAGCCAGGUCAGUGCUGUGCUCCAUCCUCCCCCAGUUCAACAACUACUCCCAGCAAGAUGCCCAGGAACUGCUGCUCUUCCUCCUCAACGCACUCCAUGACGACCUCAAGAAGGUGCAGCACCAUCAAUCACUCACAGGUACAUCUCUGUGGCAAAUUCCUACCCCUGCAGAGAGAGUAAACCUGUCGGGGGGGUCCACCAUCGUGUCCCAUCUGUUCGAGAGCCAGCUGGGCUACAUGACCCUCUGCAUGCACUGCGACCACCAGACACACAGCACUCAGACCUUCACUGUGCUGUCACUCCCUCUCCCUACAGACAUCAUCAAGUGCUCCAUUCAGGAUUGCCUGUCUCUGUUUUUCGAGCAGACCGUCCUGACCGGGGGGGAGCAGAUGCUGUGUUCGAUGUGUGGGCUGCACAGAGAAACGACAGUCCUCACUUGUUUAGACAAACCCCCAGAGAUCCUCAUGUUGCACCUGAAACGGUUUGGUUGUAAGGGGAAGAACCAGGUGAAACUGAAGACUAAUGUCGAGUUCUCCACGAAGCUCGACCUCUCCCCAUUUCUAUCCAGCUCAGAACAGAACACCUCAUUUUCUUCAUACCACCUUUAUGCUGUUGUGAACCACAUAGGUCAUCUGAACACGGGUCACUACACUGCCCUGUGCCACAACGCGCUGACUCGGACCUGGCACUGUUUUGAUGACUCAGCAGUCAGAGAGGUCCAGGACAGCCUUGUUCAAUCUCCCAAUGCCUACAUGCUGCUCUACAGCCGCAAGCCCUUCCAGAAGCCAAACCUCCAUGGACUCUGAGCUCAGCAGGCCAAAUCCACGGGGGGACCGAGUUUCAACUCCCUAUUUGUUGUUUAACGGACACCCUGGCGUCUAUCCUGCGUUAAAAGA